GAUAUCACAACACGGCAGCCAUGAUGGGAUGAAUCGAGCGAUCUACGAUCGCCCUCCUUUUUUCUUUAUUUCGUCCAUGUUGUAAAUAUUAAUUCAAGCAACUGCUUCAUUUUAGAAGUAUGUUGCCUGAAUAUUUUUAUCAUCGCCAAGGUGACAACUGAUUGAUUCAGUUUUGGCACACUGCCAUAUAUGAUAGAAAGCCCAGGAUUGAAAGAAAAGCAGCUAGAUCAUUUUAAAAGAGAAGAAUCAUCUUUAAUUCAGAUUAUGUGUAAAAUCUGUAGCAUCAUACAUAGUUAAUACCAAAGUUAAACAUUCAAUCAUCAAGUUAUGCCUGUACAGACACCUGCUUGGACAGAAUUCCUAUCCUGUCCAAUAUGUUACAAAGUGUUUGACGGGAACAACUUGCUCCCCAUCAGCCUCGCUUGCUCACAUACGAUCUGCAAAACUUGCCUCUCCAAACUCCAGCAGAGGAAGUGCCCAUUUGAUCAGAAUCUCAUUAACAAGUCAGUUAGUGAGCUCCCUGUAAAUCAUGCCCUGUUACAGUUGGUGGGUGUACCUGCAGCUAUAAGCUGUGACAACGAUGUGUCUGUACCAUCUGAGCAUAUCAACAACUAUGAGUCAGCUCGUCACUGUAUCGAGGCUCUGGCCCUCUACCUUAAACCACUCUCCACAAGUGUUGUGCCAGGCCAGGUGAUCAACAAUGGCAGCACAUUGACAGCAGUAGGUGUGGGAGGUUCCUCUGUGAAUAUUACAGGGAAUUCUCUCACCAACUGUGUGCUGAGCCGGCCCAUGCAGAGGAAACUUGUGACUCUGGUCAACUGUCAGCUGGUGGAAGAGGAGGGUCGCGGUAGGGCAAUGAGAGCUGCACGGUCACUAGGCGAACGUACAGUGACAGAGCUCAUCUUGCAGCACCAGAAUCCCCAGCAACUUUCCUCCAACCUGUGGGCAGCUGUGAGGGCAAGAGGCUGUCAGUUUCUGGGCCCAGCUAUGCAGGAGGAGGUGUUGAAGCUGAUUCUGCUUGCCCUAGAGGAUGGCUCAGCCCUGUCACGUAAAGUCCUUGUCAUGUUUGUGGUCCAGCGACUGGAGACCCACUAUCCACAGGCAUCCAAAACAGCCAUAGGUCAUGUGGUGCAGCUACUUUACAGAGCCUCCUGCUUUGUGGUGACAAAGCGUGAGGAAGAAUCAUCACUGAUGCAGUUGAAGGAAGAGUGCAGGACAUACGACGCCUUGAGACGUGACCAUGACUCUCAGAUUGUACAGAUUGCUAUGGAGGCAGGUCUGAGGAUAGCCCCAGACCAAUGGUCAUCACUGUUGUACGGCGACACUACCCAUAAAUCACACAUGCAGUCAAUUAUAGACAAGCUGCAGACACCCCAGUCCUUCUCUCAGAGUGUGAAUGAGCUAGUGAUUGCCCUGCAGAGGACAGGAGACCCCUGUAACCUACAGCGGUUGAGGACACAUCUCGAGUUCCUGGCUAACAUAGACCCUUCUCCUGAGGCACCACCACCAUCCUGGGAGAACCUGGAGGCAGUGAUGAAGGCAGUGCGCAGUGUGGUCCAGGGGCUAGUAGACUUUGUACAGAGCAAUGGACACAAAAAGUUGGAAAACACUACUGUUCAUAACUCUAGAUACAAGACCAGCAUGUGUCGAGAUUUCUUGCAGAAGAACACCUGUCCAAGAGCCGCCAAUUGCACAUUUGCUCAUUCUCAAGAGGAACUUGACAAAUACAGAUCGCGGACCAAGAAAGCAAGUAAAGCCUGUAACACACCACCGGACUAUGAUGAUUUCCCGACUUGGGACAGAGAUACCUUUCAACAAAUACAGACAGAAAGACAUUCAGAUAAUAACAGACCCAAUAUGGACGGUUCAUUUAAUUCUAUUGCAGAAUAUGAUAACCAAAGGAGCAUGUCUCCGCCCAAUGUUGUGACGGCCAAAGUACUCACAUCUGUGGCCAAGUCAAUGGCUUCCCUGACUUUUGCCCAUGCCAAGGUGUUGACGACUGAUAAAAUGACAGUGUCCUCCAGAACAGGACCCCUGAUGAGCUCUGUGGUAGCUCCUGGCAUGGCCCCACCACUUCCACCUCCAAACACCAUGCAACCCCCACCCAUACAGGUGCCCCGUAGCCCCUAUCCUCUGGACAUGUAUCAGGGACAGAUGACCCCUGCUCAGAGGCCCCAUGGCCCUGGGGCACUGGCUGCAUCAAGACUUGUUUUUGGAGGUGGUCCACGUGUCAUGUCUGGAGGACAGGGUGUCUUGCCUGGUGGCCCGGGUGCUUUGUCUGGAGGCUCUGGUGUCAUGGCUGGUGGCCCAGGUGCUGUGCCUGGAGGCUCAGGUGUCAUGGCUGGUGGCCCAGGUGCUGUGCCUGGAGGCCCAGGUGUCAUGACUGGUGGCCCAGGUGCUGUGCCUGGAGGCCUAGGUAUCAUGGCUGGUGGCCCGGGUGCCGUGACUGGCGGGCCAGGAUUCCAGUCAGUGCCAAGGUAUGUGACAGGUCCUUACAGACCAAAUUACAACCAGCAUCUGGCACAGCCACAAGCCCAAUAUCCUGGUGGUGUACCAUUCAGACAGCCUAUUGAUCCAGGCUUGACAAGGAUGCCAUUUCCCCAACAACAACCCCCAGUGAGCUUCGUGAACUACAACUACCAGCACAACUCCAGUGCUCUUAACCCCUAUGCUGAGCCGUUUCAAGGAGGGAGUUCCAGACCUCUUACACCCGAAGACCAAAUAUACCCUGUAGUAGGGAACUACCCAGAGGGAUACAAUUAUCAGAUGGGAGCAGCGUCACCUGGACAAGGGCAGGCUAAAAUUCUAAAUGAUUUACAUCAUCGUCGAGCAGAAAUUUUAAGCCGACUUUUCAACCCACUUGACGAUCUCCCUACAAAUAAUGAGAUCUUAACAUAUUCCAAUAGUGCAUCAUCACAACCUGAUGCUGGUGACAUGUUUUGGGGUGGUAUCCACCCAAAUAAGACCAUGUUUCAAAGCAAUCUGGGCCUCAUUCCAGGCAGUGCCCAAUCUCCUCAUGUUGUUAGACAGGAUAUAGUCAAGAUGAUGACCGGGCAGAGAAGCAUGACUGGGAACGUUCCAGAAAACAGACGAGAAGGACUAGAAUCUGCUGCAGGCAGACAGGGUGUAGCUCAGAUAAGCAGAAAACAGAAUGCAAUUUGGCCGAAUGACUUCAACAAAAGUCAGUCAGCUACAGGCUCACAGCAGUCAACCAGUCAGACUCUAGGCCUUGGGGAAUAUGAAUUUCGCAACCCGAAGCACAGUUCUGAUGGCUCUCAACAGCAAGGAACGUCUCGCUCCUCUGACUGGGUAAUGUCUCAUACAAGCAAACUGGGGGCAGCUCACAUUUACCCUGAAGAGAAUCACAACAUGGCCAGUUCAGCUGUACAUUCAACACUGGAGUCCACUAUAUCUGUCCAAAGGCCACAGACAUCAAAUAGCUAUGAACAAACUCAAAACAUGACAAAUCUUUCAAGCAAGGCAGCGAUUCACAGCAAGAUGGAUCUUUCCCGUUGGAGAGGAAGUCAUAACAGUUCCAGAAACAGGACGUUACUCACAAAGAAUGGAUAUGACAGAGACAUGAUGUCGGAAUCAUCCAAGCUUAAGCCAGAGAGUGGGCUUGCUCACCAGCGUAACUAUGUUGGACAUGCUUCCAGGAACACAUCUACUAUAUCCAACCCCAGUGAUACCCCUGCAGCAUUAGACACAGGAUGUGGUGUGUGGUCAGUUGACGGCGUUGAUGAUGUUGUGUGGAACUUUACAGACACCACGUUGAAGUCCAACCUGUCCAAUGAGGAGGAAGAUCUCCUGAAAGAGGAGCGGAUGAACAGUACAGAGUUUAUGUUGAAUUGGCUCCAUGAUAUCCCAGACGAGCCUACUCCAAUUGAACCAUUGGACCAGUUCGUUUCACUUUCAAGAAACCGUGCAUUAGAAGAUGAUGCCUUCAUACCAUUUGACUCCAUCCCAAUGGUGUCCCGGUUUGGACCCAUUUCACGAUCUGCCAGGAGCAAGUACAAGAACACUGAACCUGUGCAGGUCACAGCCAAUGAUGUGAUGAAGGAAAUGACCCCUGUGACUGCUGUGACUCCUUUAGACCACCCUAAGCCCACAGCCAAGGCCCAGCCAAGCUACGUAUCGCCUAUCCCUGGGGUGGAGACCACAAAUUCCACCAACACUGCCCGGUGGAGGAGACCCAGUGAGCUGGAGAAUUGUGUACAGAGGGAGCUGAGUCGACUAGAACAACAAGCUUUAAAGGCCGACACAGAGAAUGAGUUCUUGGCAUGUGAGCUAAAGGCUGUCGAGUUACAGAUAUCACUGCAAACUGAGAAAAAUGUGCCACAACCUGUCCCAGAGACGCCAAUCCUAAACCCAGAGUCACAUCCCGAGGUUGAGGUGGUUGUCCCAGUUCCUACUGCUGUCCCUGUAAAGACAGACAGUCCACACAACCCUCCUGGUAUCUGGAGCAGCUUUGAACUUCUUAAGGCUGCAUACACACGUGGACAGAAGAUUGAUGACUUGCAAGAACUGUUAAAACAUGUACCUGUGGGAUUGGACCAUCCCAGUGGACCGCUCACUCCACAGGAGGAGCAGUUUCUGAAAGAUGUCCUUGGUGGUGAAAACUCGAGCAGUGUGAACUUCCAAGCCUGAGAUACUCUUUGUGCUAUAUAAACAAGUAUGGCAGCUGGUGAAGUUUUCUCAUUGGGACCAUACACUUCAGAUGGAAAAGAAGGAGCCAAAGGAAAGCAUAUAGAAAUAUGAAGUUCUCUGUGUAAAGUUCUAUUUUGGACCCUAAUUGGUAUAUGUGUGCUUAUGUUGCUAAGAUAGUGAUCCCAACACCAUCCUAUCCAUGCCAGAUAUUGAUACAUAUACGUGUAUCUGUAAAUUGCUUUAAAAUUUUGUGAAUUGUUCUCAAAAUCUUAAGUGAUUAUCUGUUAUCACAUCUACAUUUAGAUGACUAAUGGUAUGAUUUGAAGGAAUGAAAAUGUGUCUGUUGAUUUCCUAGUUAAGUUUGAAAGAACACAGUUGUUUAUUACUUUUUAUGUCACUUUUGUAAUUUUUUGGAUUUUUGGAUUUAUUUUUGCUUGUAGUUUGACGCUCGUGAAUUAUUUUGUGGUGAACAUCACAAAAUGAUGUAUUAUUUGAUGUUUUUUGUGGAUGUACAUGAUGCUUUUAGGGAUUUUUUCUCAGAUUUCUCCAAAAGAUAUGUUGUCAUUUACUUGUGUAGAAAGGGUUCAGACCCCAAAUCACACAUCCUGAGGUAUAAAUUCUGUCUCCCCAAUAUCUACAUAUCAUAGACUAUAGGUCAUAGAGUUAAGAACAUUUACAGUGUAUAUGGCUAGAAAUCUGGUUUUAUAAACCAGUUGAUCAUCUCAAAUAUACAGUUUUGUGAUCCUGUCGAUAGACAAGUUUGAGUCUGUCGAACACACUGUAAUGGAAACCUAAUGUGGGGAAUAGCUUUCUUUAUAAUGGAAACCUGCUUAUAGACACAAUUCUGCACAAGGAGAAUAGAUGAUAUAUAGAGGAUCUGACACGAGUAUUCAUGUAAUAUUGAAUUUAUUGAACGAGUUUAUUAAUUUCAUAUGA